AUGUCCAAGCAGGCAGUCCCGGAAUCUCGCGAGAAGAGACUGCUUUCGCAGGUGGGAACGGAAGCUAGCCUUCCAGAACCCUCAGGGCUACGGACUGGAGCGUGGGAGGCACCAUAUUUAUACUUCUGCCACUGUUUCUGGCAUAGAAAAUACUCAACUUGUGCUUCACGCCAAGCCAUAGGUCACCCAUCCAGCGGCCCAAUCCCCCCCGGGACCACAUCCCCUGCCGAUGAAGCGAGCAUAAAAGUCUACUUUGAACGACAUCCUCCCGAGCUACUGAUAGGCUACGAAUUCAUCGAUGAAAUGAAUCCGCUAAUCCUCUUUCUCCUGCAAGAUAGUCCGCGCGCGAGCUAUCAGCGACUGUCUCUACACCAAUCGGGCAGAAGUAUGUGGAGAAUGCGGGACAGCGAUCCGCCCUGCAAACGCUGCAGGGCGCGUAUCUUCAACAGACUUAAGUCGGGUAAUCUGAAACGGUUUUUGCCCGCCCUGUUCGCCUAUUUCGCCACUGUUAUCAACAAUUACAUGCUAUCCGGACGAGCCAUGAGUUCGAUGGCUAAAUAUUUCCUUCAGGGGCUCGCUUGCGAAGACAUUUUCAUUUCAUUUGUGAACAGGCGCCGUGCGCAAAUUCCCACUGCGAUGUGA